UUUAAAAUUAUAGAAGUUUAUUUUACCAAACAAAGCAUCUCCUCCCACAUAAUAUCCUCCUGUUUCCCAUCUAGAAUUGGGUACUAUAAAUGUGAAGUUUGCCGGCCGGACGGACUGCCGGAGCUACGACACUGCUACAGAAGCCGCCACCGGUCUGCUAGGAGUGACAGAAGUGAACAUGUUGCUUCAAAACUGGACCUUUUCUUCUUCCCGAAUGUUGCAGUCUACAAAUCAAAACAACAGAAUCGAUUACGAUUCUACUCGUCGUUACUCGAGAAGAAGAAACCUCAAAGCGUCUCUUAGAGUUGGAACCGACGUGAUCGUUGAAAUAGCUCACAAUAAGGCAUUGAUAGCAGCAGCAGUCUGUGGUGCAGUUGGACAGUUGGUAAAACCUUUUACUGCUUCCAUUUUGUAUCGAAGAGAUUUUGAUCCAAAAGCUGCGAUUCAGGCGGGAGGGUUUCCUUCAACCCAUUCUUCUGCAGCUGUGGCUACUGCAAUGUCUGUUGGUCUGGAAAGGGGUUUCUCGGAUUCCAUUUUUGGAUUAGCCGUUGUCUAUGCUGCUCUUACCAUGUAUGAUGCACAGGGUGUUAGAAGGGAAGUGGGAGUUCAUGCAAGAACAUUAAACAAAGUAUUGAACACAUAUUCUUGUGAUGCCAGUGGUUUGAUUGAAUCAGAAACUGGGAAAUUGGAGGAAACAAGUAGUAGCAGUCUUAGGCCAGAGCUGCAUAAAGAUACAAUACUUGUUAUGGUAUCUAAUAAGAAAAGGGAAAAAGGGUCAAAACCCAUCUCUGGUUCACUGAAAGAAUCAAUUGGUCACACUGAAAUUGAAGUUGCUGCAGGUGCCUUAUUGGGUUUAAUUGGGAGCUUAGCAGUCUACUCUUUAUGACAUUUGUAAUCUCUCUCUUGGAUUCUUUAUUAUAUGUACUUUCAUGAAGCCAUUUAGAUUUACUCAAAAGUUGCAGUUACCACUUAUCACCAUC